GGAAACUGAUCCACCACGGCGCGCACAGUCUAAAACAGACUCUUUAACGUACUGGCAAACCGGAGAGACACGGAAACGCCCCACACCUGACUCCCCCUAACAGUCUUCACACCUCUUGAGAAAAAUCUAAACUAAUUCAACAGGGCAAAGACAGAAGUAGCUGGAGGGACCAAAAGCAUCUGUGAUUUGUUUGUGGAAGUAGCGCGCGCUCAUGGCGGCAGCUCGGCUGCUUUAGGAGGGUUACUUCAGUGGAUUUUAGUGGGAGAAACUAAAUGAUGUCAGACAGAAUAAUGGAUACGCUCAGACUGUCCGCAGCUCUUCUUCUACUUCUGUCUUUAUUCAGCAGUGGAAGCGCUAUACAGUUUCCCGACUCCCAACUGACCCGCAAAUGGGCGGAACAGAUGCAGGAGGAGCUAGUGCAGUUGAUCGAUGCUGAGAGCGGUAUACAAAAGCUCAAAGAAAUUUUCCUGCAACUUCAGAGACACUAUGUUGUGAAGCAAAACAACGCUCAACAGCUGGUGGCAAAAGCUGCACGUGAAAUCGAGAAUCUUCUUGCCAACCGCUCCAAAGCUCUAGAAGCGCUGGUCUCUAAGGCGGAGGAGCUGCAGGAGGGGCACCAGUGGAAGGAUGAUCUUGAUGUGAAUGAUACCAUCUACUACAAUGCUAAGGACAAGUAUGACAUUAAUGAUACGGAAACACGCCAGAACCGGAUCAGACCAGAAUUUAAAGAUGAUCCUGUUUUCAAACGCCCUGUUUCAUACAAUACGACAGCAGUGCACAUUCCCACCGAUAUCUACGAGGGCUCCGCUAUAAUUCUGAAUGAGCUAAACUGGACUGAGGCUCUGGAUAAGGUCUUUAAGGAGAACAAGGAAAAUGACUCGUCCCUCCUUUGGCAGGUGUUCGGCAGUGCAACUGGCCUGGCUCGAUACUUCCCAGCUUCUCCUUGGGUUGACGCGAGCAACACACCAAACAAGAUCGACCUGUAUGAUGUACGCCGAAGGCCCUGGUAUAUCCAGGGUGCAGCUUCACCUAAAGACAUGUUGAUCCUGGUGGAUGCGAGUGGAAGUGUGUCGGGCCUGACGUUGAAGCUCAUUCGCACUUCUGUCAGUGAGAUGCUGGAAACCCUCUCUGAUGAUGAUUACGUCAACAUUGUCUCUUUCAACAAUUCGGCCAAGUCGGUCGCCUGCUUUGAAAACCUGGUUCAAGCGAACGUCCGCAAUAAGAAGAUUCUGAAGGAGGCAGUACAGAAGAUCACAGCGAACGGCACCACUGACUAUAAAAUCGGCUUCAAGGAGGCUUUUCACCAGCUCUCCUCAAUGAAUGUUUCAAGAGCAAACUGUAAUAAGAUCAUCAUGCUAUUCACUGACGGAGGGGAGGACAGAGCUUCAGAGAUCUUUGAAGAGUACAACCAUGAAAAGAAGGUUCGAAUCUUCACCUUUUCUGUGGGCCAGCAUAACUAUGAUAAGACACCAAUUCAAUGGAUGGCUUGCAAUAACAAAGGUUAUUAUUAUGAGAUUCCAUCCAUUGGAGCCAUAAGGAUCAACACCCAGGAGUACUUAGAUGUGUUGGGCAGACCCAUGGUGAAAGCAGCCAAGAAAGCACAAAAUGUGCAGUGGACCAACGUUUACGUGGAUGCCCUGGAACUGGGCCUUGUGAUUACAGGCACUUUGCCAGUAUUCAACAAAACCAAGAACAGUGGAGACAAGUCUAAGAACCAGAGCCAGUUGAUUCUGGGGGUGAUGGCCGUAGACGUGUCUCUGGACGACAUCAAGAGACUGACUCCACAUUACACUCUCGGGCCAAAUGGAUAUUACUUCGCCAUUGAUCCCAACGGCUAUGUGCUACUUCAUCCCAACCUUCAGCCAAAGGAUCUCAAGUCUCAGGAACCCGUGACGUUGGACUUCCUGGAUGCAGAACUAGAGGAUGAAAUGAAAGUAAAGAUCAGAAGAAGCAUGAUAGAUGGUCAGAAGGGUCAAAAGGAAUUCCACACAUUUAUGAAGUCACAAGAUAAGCGUUACAUAGACAGGGGCUUCAGAACCUACACUUGGGCUCCAGUCAGCAAGACAGACUACAGUCUUGCUUUAGUUCUACCCAAUUACAGUGUGAGCUACAUCAAGGCCACUAUAGGAGAUACCAUCACUCAGGCCAAAUCUUGGAGACCCUCAGAAAAUUCCGAAGAAACUGUUUCUGAAAGCCUGCAGGUGGACAAAUUUGAGGAGUACGGAUAUACUUUAAUAGCACCCAGAGAUUACUGCACAGACCUGAAAGCUCAGAGUGACAACAUCACACAAUUUCUCAUCGACUUCAAUCAAUACAUUGACACGAAGACCCCCAACAACCCGCAGUGUAAAAUGGACCUAAUAAACAGACUGCUGCUGGAUGCUGGCAUCACUGCUGAACUGGCCAAACACUGGAGCGAACAGGGACUGAAUGACAGAAUCAAGGCUAAGUUUGUGGCGACAGAUGGCGGUGUCACUAGAGUCUAUCCUGCGAGUGCUGGUCCAGAAUGGACCAAAGAGGCAGAAAUGUACGAUUCCAGUUUCUACAAGAGAAGUCUGGACAAUGAUGUUUAUGUAUUUACAUCAGAGCCAUUCAUGAAUUUAACUCAAGAAUCAGUUUUAGUGAGCAGAGCGAUGGACCUGAGAAUUGAUGAAUUCAUGCUGAAACCAGCAGUUGUUGGUGUAAAACUGGAUAUACAGAACUGGAUGGAAAGCUUCAUGAACGCUACAAUUACGUCCAAUUGUGUUGGUGAAAUCUGUGGGUGCAGGAGAAAUGAUGAGUAUCUGGACUGUGUUCUUCUGGACGAUGGAGGCUUCCUUGUCAUGGCAAAUCAGGACAAAUACAUUAAUGUGAUCGGACAGUUUUUCGGUAUUACUGACCCCAACCUAAUGAGGAAUCUGAUGAACGUAUCCCUGUUCUCAGUCAACAAAACCUAUGACUACCAGGCCCUUUGUGAACCCACCAAAGAAACUAAAGCUGCCGCUGGUCUCAGAUCAGUCUACGUGCCUACCAUAGCUGACAUCCUGAACAUUGGUUGGUGGGCUUCCGCAGCAGCCUGGUCAAUACUGCAGCAGUUGUUUGUCAGCAUCACAUUUCCUAAUUUCCUUGAGGCAGCUGACCAAGAUGAUGGCCAGUCUGAAAUACACUCUAAAGAGAGUUGCAUUAAAGAGCAGACACAGUAUUUCUUUGAGAACAACGAGACAACUUUUAAGGGGACUGUUGAGUGUCUUAACUGCUCUAGGCAGUUCAUAGCUGAAAAGCUUCCGAAGACAAAUCUGGUGCUUAUUGUCUCUGAUGCAAAGAGUAGUCAGAAAUGUGCUGAAAAUCCAUUGUCCCAGGAGGAAGAGCCUUCUUCGGGUCCAGAUCCCUGCAAGAUAGCCCAGAACCCACGGUAUCGGAAAGGUCCGACCGAGUGCUUUGAUGACAACACAAGAGAGCAGAAUGAGGAUUGUGGUGGGGCAUCAGGUCUGACUCCGUCUAUCGUGUCCGUGGUCAUCCUCCAGUUGCCACUGCUCUGGCUUCUGAACGGACGAGGACACUUUCUCUCGUGACCUCAGCAUAGAGACGCCACACCCCUCUACGAUGCCAAAACAAAUACCACAUCACAUAUGAACGUUCAUCCGGACUCCCACGCUACAGCUCAGCACAUGGAGGGAGAGGCUCUGACCCAGGAAGUACAAAACCGAAGCCGUGAUCACUCACAGCCCUUGAGGUCAAAGUAGGUCGGAGAUGAUAAAUGAGCAACGACCUUUGACAUUUGACCUCUGAGGUCGGACUCUCUCCACUUGAGCGACGGGGUGGGCAGUCUUACCUGGGUGGGCAGACCUUGACACUUAAUCUUCACUUCACCCAUGGAGAUGUACAACGUCCCAGCGUAAUAACGAAAAAAUGAUCCAAUCACAACACUGCCAACCAAAGUUUUGCCCUUUACCGGUGUGAUGCCUUUUUUAACCUAUUUGUCCUUCAGUAUAUUUACAGCGACUUGUUCCUCAGUAUUACAAACUGUUUAUAUGUGACUUUUAUGGCCUCGUCACGUUUGCCCUGCUGAGAUAUUUAAUGGACCCCUCAGGGUCGGGUCAGAAUUCAACCUUGUUUGUGGUUUGCAGCCCAUUACUGGAAAAAAAGGACAAAUGAGCGAGUGACCCAAUAGCAAAAGUCUCGUGUUUUUCCCAGUGGUGUCCACCUCUGUGCCUCGGGAAUAUCGAUUUCAUUUCCGACCGCUGUGCGAGAACGAUCCCUCCCUCCAUUUGCCCGUAUUCGCUAUCACACGGUGAUUUUUUAUCUGCCCAUAGUGCAUUCAAACAUGCACUGCUGCCAAACGUUACCCUGUGUGUGGUCUUGCUGUACUUUGCACUUGAUGCCAAGCAGGUCGUGUGGCCAAACAGCCCUGUCGUUCUUAUUUAGGGCUUUUUAAAUGACUGCCAAUUCGUACCGACCUAAAAGCUCGCAAAGUCCUGGUUGUGAAUAUGAAGAGGGAAAAAUUGCUGUUGCAUGUGUGUGUUUUGUUUCUUUGAUGAAUUACCUGUUUAUUUUAGAUCUUUUAAGAUUUUUUUAAGUUAUUUAAAAAUUUGCUGUAUGUUUAAUGUUAAGUUUUCUGUGAUAUAUUUAAUGUAUGUGUGUGGAUAUGCAGAAGGGUUGACAGUGACAGUUACUCUUUCUCACGCUUUAAUGUCAUCUGGAGAACUCGAAAAGUCGGAAGGAAAUUAAUCUAAUGUUUACAGAUAUUUUAAGACACUCAAGAGUUUUUAUAAGAAACGUUGCCCCUGGUUGAGCUGUCUUUCGGGUCUCUAAUGUGUCAUUUUUCGCUUUAAUGUCAGAGGCAGAGCUCUGUCAGCCUUUCUUUCCUGUCAACGUGCCUUGAUGUAAAUGGAUACAUAUAAAAAAUAAGUGAAGGAAUAUCACAAUGUGCAAUCUGACCCUGGUUGCACUGCAGAGAAGUGUAUAAUAUCGUCAUUCUGAUCUGACCAACAAAACUUCCGUCCCUUUAAGAGAUCCUGACUGGGUCCUUGUGCCUCAAUGAAAUCUGGUCCCGAAUCCAAAAUUUAUGGAAUAAUUAAGAUUUUGAGAAGAGACAAGGAUAAUUACGGAAGCCUGUGAAAAAGAAAAGCAAGACGAAUUAAGUUUUUUUUCUUUCUUUCUUUUUUUUCUAUUUAACCGUUUAGUUAUUUUUGUUUUGAAGAGAAGGAGGGAUACCUGGUGCUUAGCCAAUAUCCAAUUUGUUCAAUAUUGUAUUGAUUAUGAAAUGUAUUAGAAAUGCUCAAUUAAUAGCAGAAACGUGAUUUCUAAGAGUUAUUAAUGGCCACUGAACCAUAUUUGCAUUGUUUUUGGCUUAUAGUGUAAACAUGUACAAAGUUAUUUAGGUCUCAAUCGGCAGAUUACCAUCAUUAUGUUCUAUCUAAUUUUAGAAGCUUGGAAAAAACAGGAAAUUAAAAGAGAUGGAGCAACACAAGUUCAAAAAUCGGGGAUGGAAAGUGAAUUCCAGUGAGCAAUAUGCAUCAUUUCCUCUGUACACAGGAAACUGCUUUGUUAAUGCACCUGAAAACAACAUGAUUGGCCUACAUGGAAUUGGCUUGCAUUGAAAAGACAUUCUUCUUCUCAUCUUUCCGUGAUUCAUCACUUCACUGUAAUCAGACAAGCAUUCUAGAACUGACGUGCAUUAAAUCAAUUUACUCCCCCCACCAAAAAAUACCACAAACAUCAUAGUUAAUUGGCUGUCAAAAUGAGAAAUUAUUGAAAACAUCUCCAGUUCCACACCAUUAACUCAACGAAUAAUCCAUGUUAAUUCCCAGCAAAACUAAUGUCAUCUUGUACUAAGUGUAAUGUACUGAAAUACAUGUUUUUCACUUCCUCUACCUGUACUUAAAAGUGCCAUUGAGCAGUUUUCCGGCUAUUCGUCUUCAAAAAACAGGAAAGUGGCCAGAGAGGGUAUUCAAACCUUUAACAUAUUCAUAUAUCUUCCUUAUGCCCUGUUUAGUUGGCAUGUAUUGCACUGGAAGUGAAAAAUAAGCUUUGUUGUGUGCGUGUGUGUGAUGCUAGAAUAUUUGCCUCAGUUGGUGCUGGAGUGUGUAAAGUAACAGAUUACGGCUCUGUUCGGAAUAGCAUACAUGCAUACUACUACUAUAUUCGCAGUAUAUAGUAUGUGUACUAUGGACAGUAUGCAAAUUUUCGAUAUGCAAAUACAGAAGACGCCAUGUGAUGAUGUCACAAUGUAGCAUUCUACGGUUUGAAAUUGGAAUAACGUCUACUUUUUUAAAGAGAUACUGCACAGGAUUCAGCAAGUAGUAUGCUAAUAUUCCAUUCUGAACGCAGCCUUAAAGUUGCGGCCACAUUUACCGUUCCUCUGCAAAAUUUUGUGGGCGUUUCAAUAGGAUUGGGAGUUUCGCAUGAGGGCGAAAAAGUUCCCCGUGCAGGUUUCGCUCGUAUUCAAGUCAGUCACGGAAAUUCGGCACAAUCGCCAACAGAAAGCUGCGUGGUUUGAAAGUGACUUCUGUGUGAACUGCGUUUCAUACUUCACUACACUAUUGACAAUAGACAAUGGGCCUUUUUUUGCUCAUCUCGCCGAAAUUUUGCUAAUGUGACCGCACCUUAACUUUCACUGCCUUUUUCUUGGGGCGACAGCUGCUGUACCGAGACGUAUCCCGAUCCUGAUGGUCCAGGCUAACCUUAACCUUAAAUGUCACAACUGAUUUGGGACCAGUAUUUGAAAGAAUUAAGCGUCUCCAGCUUCUGACAGAAAUUGUUUACAGGAUACCUUAAUAGAGGUGAAAGUGUUUUCUAGGAUAUCAAAAAGACAGAUGUUCAGUGGAAAUGUGAGAUCAAUUCAUAUUAUUCCUUAGAAAAGACAAAAUUAGAUUUAGCAACUUUUGUUCUUCAGACAAACUGGGAUGAAAAAAGAUGUCAUGUAGACUGCGAGUUCAGAUGCUGUCACCUCAGGAACAGAAUAUUUGCAAAAUGUGACUUAAAAAAAGGUUUUUGAAGCUGAUGUUUCGAUUCUCUGUCUAUCUGGACUGUGUGGGUUUUGAUCUCUGGAAUAGUGUGAAGCGUGUUUUAAGUGGUCAGUCAGAUCCUGCUGCCUCCACUUGCCUCUUGGCUGACCGUCAGUCUGCCUCAGUCAGGGUUUAGGAGGACUUAUCUGUGGGCUUAUUUUCAGUCCCCCUUAAUUGUACUUUCAUCCAGUGGUUCCCAUCUGGUUUUGCUUCAGGAACCAGAUUUUAAGUG